GAGAGUUUGGGGUGAAGAUUAAUCCCUUCUCUCUGGAGCUGGUGGAUAAAGAAUAAUCCUGUUUUUCCUUCCUUGUGCAAAUUGGAUUAUCAAUUGGGAAGAUGGGUGAUUGGAAGACCUUGUCUUUUACUGAAGCUGAAACUACCCCAGAUGCAAAGAAUUUUGCGUUUAGGCAUGUUUCUCAGUCUGCUUCACCGUUCUCCACUGCCGGUACUGUCACAUUGCUUUGUUCUCCAGUGGUGUCACUCCAGAAGGUUUUUGGCCAAACUGCUUUCUGCUGGGCUGACAACGUAGAAGAAUGCCUCUCAUACCUCAGCAAGGAGCUGAGUGUCUUGGGACUGCCUUCUUUGUACGCCAAUGACAGUUUUGAGGAGAGUCCUACUUCAAACUUUAACCUUGUUGCCCUGAUAAAUUGCACACACUACCUGCUGCAGCUCCAUCGGAGGGAUGUGGUCAGAAUGGAUGAACUUGAAUCAGCGCAGUUUAAAUCCUUCAGUGAGCAGGACCGCUUGAGAAACAGCCAAUUAAAGCUACAGGAACAAGUAGAAGUGCUCGAGAGGGAACUUGCUGGGCUACAGGCCAAGGAACAGCAAGCGCAGAAAAGCAUCCACAAUCUGAAUAACCUCCUAAAGAACAAUAAGGAUGAGGUGGUGAAGCUGCAGAGUAUCAUUAAGAGCCGUGCUGCUCAGCACACCCACGACCUGAAGAGGAAGGAACAGGAGCUGGGCAAACUGAAGGAGAAGAUGCAUCAGCACCUGACAGAUAAACGGGACAAAAGGAUGGCUAUAGAUAUCCUGAAUCACAUUGGGCGACCUGAUGGAAGGCGCUCCUUGUGGAGAACGGGAAAGACUGAAUCAAGGAGGGAAGAGGAGAUGUACAAGGUUCUUGCCAAUAACUAUGAGACACAACUCAAGGAGCUGGUGCUGGACAAUGCAGAGUUGAAGAGAGCUCUGAACCACAUGAAGAAGGAGAUGAGUGAACUUCUCAGCCCCCAGGAGAAAUCAGGUUCCCUUCAGUCCCUGGUGGAGGAAGACGUGAGCCUCAAUGAGUCGCAGGAUAUGGACAGAAAGCUCCUUAUGGAUGGCAUUCAAAAGCAUUGGAACUUGUUAAAGGAUCACUUGGAAAAACUAGGAAUGGCUGCUGCCCACAAGUCACCAAUUGCUGGGGAGGGUGAGCACGUCGUCAGUGUUACUGAUCACGACAAGGAAAUGGCCAAGCUGAAACUGGAACUUGAGCAGAGCAAACAGAUCAUCCGGGAGCAGCAGCAGGUUCUCCAGGACCAGCUGGCCAUCAAGAAGGAAGAUCUCACCCAAGGCCCCGAUUUGCUGGAAGAAAUGGAAUGGUUUAACAAGGAGCGGCAGUUGUUUGAGGAGCAGAGGGAGAAUUUUAAGAUGGAGAGGGAAACGUUCACAGAGGCAGCAAUCCGUCUGGGCCGGGAGAGAAAAUUGUUUGAGGAGGAACGUGCACAACUCAGAAAGGAGCAGUUCUUUAACUUGACCCCAUUUCGGCAACACAGGGCAAAACCCAGUCGGAAGUUACGGACUCCUUGUGCUAUGGCCAGCCCUGACAAACAAAACGUACCUCUGCUUCCAACCAGUCACAGGAUGGGCACACAGACCAUGUGUUCGCACCGUCCUCUGCACACACCGAGCCCGCCAACCAAAGGCACAACCUCCCGGCGACAUUCGCUGCCAAUGACCCAUGAGUUGUAUAAAGUUUUGGGGCUAAUUCCAGAAUGGAACUUCAGGAAUGCAACUACUGUACGACUAGGAAGAUCCUGCAGCACGAGAGACAGCCCAUCUGUCCAGCGAGAUUCGGCAACCCAACCGAGGAACGAUUUGGGAUGGAUCAGCACGGCCCUGCUUGUGAAUGAAUCUGAUGAUUGUUUCUACAUUGGGCACUUGCACACACCAGUCUAAUGGUCUAAUUUCUUCUGCUACAGUUGUAUACACUUAAGUUGAGAAGCAGGUGUCAGCUGCUCAGUGUCUGCAAUAAUCGAUUCCUUGCCUUGCUGCUGGGUCAGGAUGAGAUUUCUAAUUGUUUUUAGUGGAGUUAAUUCUCCUUGAAACAACAUUUUGCUGCAGAGCAGAAUGACCUAAUUUAUCGCAAAGUUUUAGAAUGGUGAACUCGUUCCCAGGAUAACUAAGGUUGGAGAUGUGAUCCCCAACCACUUGGGUCUAUGUGAUGUACAACUGCAUUUUAAAUUGUCCCCAGUUCAUGUACAGUUGACAGACAUUCUGGAACCUGAGGAUUUGCAUGUAGAAAUAAGUUGAUGUUUGAGACUCUGUACUAUUGCAGUGUUGACAAGCAUCCAAAAAGUGUGUUUUAAUAAACUUUCUCUUGCCAAUAUAA